AUGAUAAAACAAAUGCUUAAAAUAAAAAACUAUAAAACAAUAAUUUUAAAAAACGAAAAAAACGUUGUGAGUUCUUUAAAUCCCUUUACAACAAAAAGAAAUAACUAUUACUCAACAUACAGAAAUGAAGGACAAAACGAAAGAUUGAAUAAACAACAAAUAAAUGAAAGAUACAAUCUUUGGGAUUUCCUAGCGUUUGAGAAAAACAUCUCCUUUUUUUCAGUUAGUUUUUAUAUACUUUUAAGUGCUGUUUUGGCCUUGCACUUUUAUAACAAUUCCAAUGAAUAUGCAAACUCUAGCAAGAUUAAUGAAGCAAAAGAGCGAGAGAGGAAGAACUUGGUAGAAUUGGAAAACAAAAGAAAGAUGUAA